AUGAGUGAGAGUAGUAAGACUUCGACUUCUGAUUCCGAGGAAGAAAGAGUACUACGGAUAUUAGCAAGAGAGAGACAGAAGCUCCACGAAAUCUUGGAAGAACUCGGCAGGAUGUCCUUUGAGAGUCAGGCACUCAUUAAAGCAAAUGAGGAGUUAAAAAUUGAAGUUAUGACAUUAGAACAAGCAGCAUUUGAAAAAGACCAGCUUGUUCGGGAGAAGGAUGAAGAAUUUACAAAGCUGGUUGAUAUGAACAUAACUUUAGAAGAGGAUUACGCCAGACUGGAGAAGAUAAACACUGCCAUGGUCAAGAAAAACAGGGACUAUGACCAGGAAAUCAUUGCCCUGAAGCAGAAAUUAAGGGCUCUGGAGCAGGAGAACAUCAACCUGACGGCAAAAAACAACACUCGGGAGGAGAAAAACACCGGCCUGGAGGAGGAAAACACCGCCCUGAAGGAGGAAAACACCGCCCUGAAGGAGGAAAACACCGCCCUGAAGAAAGAAAACUCUGUCUACGAGCAGGUGAACUUCAUCUUGGAGGGGGAAAACAAAGUUUAUGCCGAGGAAGUCUCCGACCUGAGGCAUGAAAGGAGGAUUCGUCUAGAUAAGAAAACCACAAUAUUGGAGAAAGAAAACACCACGCUGAAAGAGGAAAACACCGCACUCAAGGAGGAAAACACCGCCCUGAAGGAGGAAAACACCGCCCUGGAGGAGAAAAACUCUGUCUACAAGCAGGUGAACAUCAUUUUGGAGGGGGAAAACAAAGUUUAUGCUGAGGAAGUCUCCGACCUGAGGCAUGAAAGGAGGAUUCUUCUGGAUAAGACAGACACUGACUUGGAGAAAGAAAACGCCGCGCUGAAGGAGGAAAACACCACCCUGAAGGAGGAAAACACCGCCCUGGAGGAGAAAAACACUGCCCUGCAGCGGGAAAACUUCAUCUUGGAGGGGGAAAAAAAAGUUUAUGCCCAGAAAGACUCCAACCUAAGGCAGGAAAGAAAGGCUCUGUAUAAGAAAACCACUGUCUUGGAGAGAGAAAACACCACGCUGAAGGAGGAAAACGUCGCCCUGGAGAGGAAAAACACUACCUUAGAGCUUGAAGUGGAACAGCUGAACAAAAGGUUCAGGGAAUUAGUGGAACAAGAAAACCAGGAGCCAUCUCAUGAGGAAACCGACAAAGACAGCCAGUCGGUUACAGAAGAGCCACAGAAGAACCCACAUCCA